CUGCGCUCGACUCGUGUCCUAGGGAUUUAUUUUUUUCCACCACCUUCAACGGUAAAAACAGCUUGACUUCUCACGGUGCAAAGUUAACAUCGCCAACCAGUAGCGAAACGUUGCGUAAUGAGGUGUCUUUUAAAAUAGUAAAUAGCGUUGUGACCUCCGCCGACAGACUUCCCACACAAGAGAAAACACCGAUGUGGAUAGAGAGAGGAGCUGCUGAUUUCAGCGGUUUGGAUCAAGGUUCAUGCUUUUUUCUUCGGAUUUCGGCAGUUUCACAGACGCUGACUUUCCCUUCAGCAGGAAGUCAGUGCGCCCCACGGUGAGGAACAAGAAGGCUUCAGAGACCUGCACCUGGAUCAUCACAAACACUGGGCAGCAAAGAAAGGCAGCAGUUCUUGAUGGAGUGAUGGAUAAGAGAUGUGGCUAGCUGUGGAGCGCAGCAGGCCUGGAUCCUGCUCUCAGACACCAGGGCUGAGAAGCUGCAGAGGAGUGAGGACUCUCCUGAGGAGACUCCACCCUCCUGGCCUCUGUCGGGCCUUCCUCAGCAUCGCCUCAGCGGUUCCUUCUCGCAGUCGUCCUCACCGACCAGGCUGUCAGUGUGUAACUAAAAGUCUUCAACUGACCUUUGCUGAAAUUUAAGAAGUAGCUACAUUCACAUUUGAUUCCAGCCACCUCCUCAGGUGCCCCAGAAUAUUGUUUUUUAUGUCCUGCUGAAUCUGAAACAUGAGGAACACCAGAUCGAGCCUACUGCUGGGCUGCGUGCUCUUCUGCUCCGCCUCCCUGCUCUACCUGGGCAUGAGCGGGAUCGAGUGCCCUCCAAAAAGCCAUCGGUACCGGUGGAUGGAGCUCAACCUGGGCUCAGCCAAUCAGAGCUUAUCCCUGAUGGAACACUUCCCUGAAGACACACCCCUCAUCUUCAUCGGAGGCUUUCCCCGGAGCGGCACCACGCUGAUGCGGGUCAUGCUGGAUGCCCACAAUGCUGUGCGGUGCGGGGAAGAGACCCGAGUGAUUCCCCGCCUCUUGGCCAUGCGGGCCACCUGGAGCCGCUCAGUGAAGGAGAGGAUGCGACUGGACGAGGCCGGCGUCACCGACCAGGUGUUGGACUCAGCCGUGCGAGCAUUCCUGUUAGAGGUGAUAGUUGGCCACGGGGAGCCUGCACCUCGCCUUUGCAACAAGGAUCCGUUUGCCUUGAAGUCGCUCUCGUAUCUGUCACGCAUAUUCCCUAAAGCCAAAUUUGUGCUCAUGCUACGAGACGGACGGGCAACCGUCCACUCCAUGAUAUCACGCAAGGUGACCAUCUCUGGCUUUGACCUGAGCAGCUACAGGGACUGUCUGACCAAGUGGAGCAGCGCAGUGGAGACCAUGUUCAGCCAGUGCCAGGCAGCUGGGGAGUCCAUAUGUCUGCCCGUCCGUUAUGAGCAGCUCGUCCUCCACGCAGAGGAGGAAAUGAGGAAGUUGCUUCACUUCCUAGAGCUGCAGUGGGACCCGUCAGUGCUGCACCACGAAGAGCUGAUCGGAAAGGCUGGUGGCGUGUCUCUGUCCAAGGUUGAGCGCUCCACAGACCAGGUGAUGAAGCCGGUGAACACAGACGCCCUCUCCAAGUGGGUCGGGCACAUUCCCUCUGACGUGAUAAGCGACAUGGCUGAAAUCGCGCCAAUGCUGGCUCGCCUGGGCUACGACCCCCAUGCCAACCCCCCCGACUACACGAGACCAGAGCCCACGGGGUCCCUGUUCAACGACUCACAGAAUUUGAAAGCAACAGAGACUCCACACCCCAGUUAAGCAAAAGAGGAAAAUCCCAUAAAUCCAGCUUCGCUGUUCCACAAUAUCGAUCACAAUAUCGAUGCACCUUAAACACAGACUUCCAGUUCAUAAGUAAUUACACCUCACAGGAAAGAUUUUUAAGUGUCUCAUGUGUAUUAUAAUGUGCGGUGUUAAUGUCUGAACAUGGGUGAAGUGUUAAAAAUACGGACUCAUCAAGUGGUUUGGGUUUUAUAUCUCAUAUGGAUUACCUGCUUGUGGAAGUUUCUCAGUCUCCACUGAGACGGCAUUUUAACGCAUCGUCUCACCUUGUACCUGAAAGUAUUUCAACAUGUCUGUAAAGUUGUUAUGAUUCACCACAAAUGUGAAUGUGUCUUUAGACAAAUCUUUCACUUACUGAGAGUUCAGUCAGUGUUCAUGAAGCAUAAUGACUGUAUAUUUUUAAAGAUGUAUGUUUAUUUUCUUAAUAAAUUAUUUUGGUGUUGACCAUU